AUGAUUACUCUAACUGAUAUUCAGAAAACAGGUACACAAAAUGUCUCGAUAAAUAAUUCGGUGAAUAUUAACAAUUCCGUGGUAUUCAUUAUUAAUCCAGAAAAAGUAGAACUUCAACCUGGUUUAAUUGCCUUAGUAUCACUGAUGGCCUUAAUACUAUUAAUAAUGACUGCUAUACUAUUAUUACCUAAAUCAAUUCAAGAUAACGUUUUUCAACUUGUAUUACAUCAGACACCAGAUCAAACUUUUAAUUAUAUUGAUGUAGGUCUGUACAAAACUAGACAUUCCAUAUAUCGUAAAGAAGUUUAUUCAUUAGCUAUGCAAGGUAAUCAAUCUAAAAAGAAAUUUGAAGCACAUACAUUACUCAGUAGUAAUAAUAAUAUCAAUUCAAGUAGAUCCAAACAUAGCAAACAAUCAAAACCUAUCAUUUCAUCAGUUUCAGUUUCAGAAGAUUACGAUAGACCUAAUCAGUGUUCGUCUUCAAGUUUAACAAGUAAAUACUUAUUUCCUUUGGAUGAUCGUCAUCGUCAUAAUCAAAGUUCUCAAAUGAAAAACACAAAAUCAGUAAUGUUUACUGAAAAUUGCUGCUCUGAUGUUAAUGAUAAUGAUGAAAGCAGUUGUACAAAUUAUCAUGAAAAUAGUGAUAUUAAUAUUUUUGCUAGCAGUCGAUGUAAUUCAACUCCAAAUGUAAUAAAUGAUACCUCUGUUUAUAAUUCAAUGAACAUAACAGCUUCUUUAUCUCAUAUAAGAUAUUCUCUGCCUUCAUGUUUUACUCAAAGUAAUCAAAGCAUCAAUUCUUCAAGGUCACUUACGUCAGUAGCAAUUUCACCUAAUUUAAAACAGAUAUUACCAUUCAAUAAACGUGUACGGCUUCAACUUUCAGAUACUUUUAUUAAUGGAUUUAAGUAG